AUGCGUUCCAAUUUAUUUAUUUUAUUCUACUUAUUUCAAAUUUCUAGACAAUUUUUUGUGCGAUCUUUUGUUUUUCCGUGAGUUUGAAAACACAUGUUUUUCCGAUGUCAAAAAAUUAAAAGAAAUUUGACUUGUUUCCUGAUUUAUUUCCUGCGGUCAAAGAAUAUGAAAUCAUAAGCAGGAAAUCAGAAAAAUUUUUAGGAACGAGAAGUGCAAUUCUACUGUUGCAGUGAGUUGUUUUGCUGAAUUGUUUGGUAUGAUUUCUGAAGUCUGUCAAGAGAAAGAAAUUUCAUUUCGAUGUGUUCACUACACUGUAUGUUGAAUAAUUCGCAAAACCUUGUAGCCAAAAGAAUUAUGAAAAAUUUCCAGUUCCUCGAUGAAUGUUUCAAUGCGCGAGUUGGAAAAUGUGAUGCUCCAACAGUUGCAAAAGUCGGUGCACUUGGUUAUCGGCAAGCAUUCUCAAAUUGUCAUAGUGGCACAAAAAAACAAAAGUUCGAGGGUUCAACUCCGUUACUUGGCAGUGCUGCGAAAGCAUUUCCAACACAACACAAAUUAAUAACUGCAUUAGGGUAUUUACAACAUCAAUGUGCAUUGAGCAAAAACAAAAAUUGUUCAAGCGAUCAUAUUUUGAAUAUUAUGGGACAAUGCGAAGAACAAAUGAAACCAUUGUCAGGAUUUCCUCAAUUUGACAGACAUCGAUUGUUAAGGUGAGGGAUGCUUUGACUUUUUCAGACAAGAACUCAGACAACUUUUUGAAAAUUUCAAUUCAUCCGUAUCAUUUUCCUGACUGGUCUCUGAAUAUUUUGCGAUAACGUGCUAAAUGAGGUUAAAAAAUAUAAUUUUGCACAGGAAAUUAGCAAAGCAUGACUUUCAAAAAAGUUUAUUUCAUUUCAUUCUAAAAAUAAAAUGAAACAUUUGCAACUUCCUGAUCAUAAUAGUUUUGCAGAAUAAAAAUGGACACCUCUCGAAAGCUUCUCAUGUAUGAUGAAACCGAUAAAGAACGUGAAUGUCUUGUUGUUCGAUCAACAUUAUCUGAAAUGUAUACUUUACAUCAUCAAAAUUGCUAUCACGUGAGUGAACAAAAACAAUAUUUUUGAUUUUCAACAUAGAAAAAAACAACAAAACAAAACAACCAAAACUUAUGAAUUCAUUAUUUUCAGUCAAUUGUAACUAGAUGCCUUUGCGAACGUCUUCGAUUUGAUGUUCAAUGUGGGAUUGACUGUGAUCGAUUGGAACCAACUUCACCAGAUCAAGACACAUUAGCUUGGGAUGAUUGGAAAGAGGCAAGAUUGAUACAUACAAGUUCAACAAGAUAUUUCUCAUUCUAUAUUGCGUUUUUGAUCUCUAUACUAUUUUUAUUUGUUUAA